UAGUUUGUACAGACGUAAAUGUACAUUAAAACAGUGAGGAACAGCUGUUGUCAGAAAAGCAUAUCUAAGAACAGGCGAUACUGAUAUUAUUAUUAAUCGUCAACAGUUUUAUAAUAUACGCUUAGAUUAUUAGCAUUUAGUUGUUAUAUAUUUAAGAUGGAGUAUAGGUUCUCCUUCGCAAUAUUGUUGUUGUUUUUUAUAAGUACGAAUGAUUGUUUGAGGGCUGAAUGGCGUCGAUCAGUUGAAACUAGUUUUAUCGAAAGCAACAUGAACACGACGACUGACGUUACCAGCAAUCUAAACUACACCAUAGCAGACGAAGAUAUCAGUAAGUCAGUAGUAAACAAAACAACUGCAGAAGCUACAGAUAACAUUUCAUUUCCAGAAGGCUACUUUUGGCAAAUCAGUGACAUCCACUGGGACAAACAGUACGAACGGACAGGUGAUCCUCUAAAUAUGUGCCAUCUUUCCACGAAGGACUUUGAGGAUCAUGAUAAUGGACUGUACGGAAACUUUAGAUGUGAUAGUCCUUGGAAGUUAGUAAAAUCUGCUAUUGGUGCUAUGAGUGAAAUUCAUCCCAAACCUGAUUUCAUUUUUUGGACAGGUGACAACGUUCCUCACGUGUAUGACCCAGAACCUGAUUGGACAGAAGUCCACAGCCUAGUGAAGAACAUCACCCACCAGCUGACCAAGAAGUUUCCCGGUGUUCCCGUCUACCCAGUGUUAGGUAAUCACGACAGCAGCCCUUCUAAUAGCCUGCCUCCGAAGAAUAAGACACUGUAUAAGGAGUACCUGAGCAGGAGCGACUGGCAACUCCUCCUGCCGAAUACCACUUGGGAUACAUUUGUAACAGGUAAUGACUUAUCGAGAAGCGUGUUUAGACAAGUUUAG